UAUCUUUCACCUUUUCUAGAUCAAAAACAACAAAAAAUGGCAAUAAACGGUCAAUAUAAUGUGGGUCAAUACGUUGUACCAUUCGUCUGUUUGUUGAUCAUAGUCAUGGAUCUCACCGCAGGGAUUCUCGGUAUUCAAGCUGAGAUAGCCCAAAACAAGGUGCAAAAUCUAAGAGUAUGGAUCCUCGAAUGUCGAGAUCCAAGUUAUCAAGCAUUCAAACUAGGGUUUGCAGCCGCGGUGCUUUUGGCAUUUGCUCACGCCAUUGCAAACUUAUUUGGUGGGUGCCACAUCGUAUUGUCCAAACCAGAGCUAGACCGAGCCACCUCCAACAAACAAUUCGCCAUGGCUUCACUCAUCCUAUCAUGGAUUACAUUAAUCAUUGGAUUCGGGAUGCUAAUUGCUGGAGUCAUGGCUAACUCAAGUUCAAGAAAAUCAUGUGGAGUUUCAAACCAUCGUUAUUUGUCAAUUGGAGGCAUUGCGUGCAUCAUUCAUGGAUUGUUUGCUGUUUCUUAUUACAUUUCUGCCACUGCUGUUGAAAAAGAAGAAAAGAAGUUGAACCCACAUGGACCCACCAUGAUGAACCACCCCCCUGGACCAAUGAUGAUCCCGCCUGGACCGGUUCAUGCACCCUCAGCACCUGUUUGAAUCUUGGAUAUUUUUUAGUGCUACAUAACUCCUAAACAAAUACAACACAUAAUAACAAUGUACUUUAAUUAUCACCAGAAUUCACCAUAGCAUUCAACACGAUCUCCCCUUGCUCUUUCAAAAGCUCCACCUUCUUCAAGAAAUGCUUAAGUUCUUGAACCUUAAGAUUCUUCCAUUUUUCUUCCAUUUCUAACUUUUUAGGAGCUGAAAGCAACUCUAACCCCUUGUUCAUAAUCGCCUCAUCUGUAAACAUGAACCCCAUUGAACCAUGGUCCGACCUCAGGGGCUGCACCACUUCCGGUUCAACCUCUUUAGGGGUCACCUCAGGUUCAGGUUCAGGUUCAACCCCUCCAUUCACAUUACUCUUACGAUUCUUGUUUGGUUUGGGUGUCACGUUGACUUUCUUGAUGGUGGAACUCAUGACUACAUUCUUAUUACUAUCAUUACCCCAUAAGUUUUUUGAUAAUUCAUACAUUUUCUUCUCAUGGGGAUUCGAAAAAGAUCGAACUUUUUUACUUUGGUUCUCAGCUCUGGCUACGUUGUUUUCGUACUUCUUCCUCAGUCUUCUAACUUUGGCAAUCACUUGUUUGUUGUUGACAUCGACAUGAAGUGAUUUCUUCACGAAGUCAUGAAAAUCGUUGACAUCUGCAACGGGAUCUUUACCCUUUUCAUUAACGUAAUUGAUCAUACCUUCGAUUAGCUCAAUUUCGUUGUCUUCACUCCAGAGUCUUUGAAAAAGUUGUUUCUUUUCACCACCAUUACCCGCAUCCGGUGCCGCCACCGCGACCACCGUCUUCUUCUUUACCCUCUUCAAAUCCUGAGGUUCACCCUCCGCCGCAGGCCGUUUUCCGGUGGAUGAUUUAAGAGGAGGUGGUGAAUAGCGAGUGGUAGGAAUCUUGGAUCUGGGUUUUUUCGAUUGGUCAUCUUCCAUGGGCUUCGAGGCUAUGGGUUUGAUACUCGGGUCGGGUAUUGUUGACUUCUCAGAAGACUUAUCGGUGUCGGAUUCAGACUCUGAGCCCGAUUCGUCAGAAGAUGAAUUGUGGGUGAGUUGCGUUUUCUUGGAAGAAGGUGGAGGUGUUGACGUCUUGUCGGGCUCCGAUUCUGAUUCCGACCCUUCAGACGAAACUUCUUCUUCUUCACCGGAGGAUGAAUUCGCUGGUUCACUCUCCGAUCCGGCCAUUGUUGGUAAGAAAGAGCUGAGCUUGUUGCGAUAAAUCUAGGGUUUCUUAGUGGAGAAAUGAGAGAGGUAGGGUCUGGUGAUGUAUUGCAGCUAAACAAGAAUUCAGUCGUACGCGAAACACGAUGCUUAUCGAGACUCCUUGGCGUUUGGCUCGUGUUUCGGAAUCGGUCAUAAGGAUGUAAUUGGC